GGGAGCGUAAUCCCCUCUUCCAAAACCCUAGCAUGGACAGAGAAAAAUCAUCAUCCAAACACUACAGGGAAGACCGUGACCGUGAUUCUACCAAAGACCACGGUGACCACAAGCACCAUCGGAGCCACCGAGAUUCUGAUCAUACUAUUGAAAAUCCUGCAUGUGGGCUCAACACAAGGCUUGCAUCCAAUCUAAAACCAAUUGGCAAUAGGCCCGCUAUGAAUGUCGGGUCCUGUCACGUGAGUUAACAUGCCCCCUUAAAUGCAGGCUCGGUAUCAACUUCGAGUCCUGUCAGGUGGGCUAACAACGGGCUUCCCAUAGUAGAACCUGGGCUCUGAUACCAUAUUGAAAAUCCUGCAUGUGGGCUCAACACAAAGCUUGCAUCCAAUCUAAAACCAAUUGG